CUAUAAUGCGAUUCGAGUUCACCGCCGAAUUGUUACUGCCGAAGUACCGAAUAGCACUUAUCCGCCAAUAUGAAGCAAGCCACCACUCUGAUUCUCACCAUUUUGGUGUGCUUUCAAUUCUACAUGGCAAUCGAUGCUGCACCGGCUCCUGACUUGUUUUCAAGCUUAGUGAGUUCAUUGGUUUCUGAUACGGCUGCCGCGAAUUCAGCGGCGGUUUCGACCGCAGAAAGUGGCGCUGAAACCGUUUUGUCACUUUUAACGGGAGGGGCAUCCUCGGAUUCAGACACCGAAACCACAACCACCGAGGCGGCAACAACUACCACGGAGGCUGCAACAACGACCACCGAGGCGGCAACAACAACCACAGAGGCGGCAACAACAACCACAGAGGCGGCAACAACGACCACUGAGGCGGCAACAACAACCACAGAGGCGGCAACAACGACCACUGAGGCGGCAACAACAACCACAGAGGCGGCAACAACGACCACUGAGGCGGCAACAACAACCACGGAAGCGGCAACAACAACCACAGAGGCGGCAACAACGACUACUGAGGCGGCAACAACUACUACAGAGGCGGCAACAACAACCACGGAAGCGGCAACAACUACCACAGAGGCGGCAACAACGACCACUGAGGCGGCAACAACAACCACGGAAGCGGCAACAACAACCACAGAGGCGGCAACAACGACUACUGAGGCGGCAACAACUACUACAGAGGCGGCAACAACAACCACGGAAGCGGCAACAACUACCACAGAGGCGGCAACAACGACCACUGAGGCGGCAACAACAACCACGGAAGCGGCAACAACAACCACAGAGGCGGCAACAACGACUACUGAGGCGGCAACAACUACUACAGAGGCGGCAACAACAACCACGGAAGCGGCAACAACAACCACAGAGGCGGCAACAACGACUACUGAGGCGGCAACAACGAGCACAGAUGAAGAAUCCGAUUCAGCUUCAGCAUUAGAAGCCGCGGCUUCAUCAAUAGCAUCGGAUGCUUCUUCUGCGGCUUCAUCAGCAGUCUCAACUGCAGAAUCUUCGGCUUCAUCGGCAAUCUCAGCUGCAGAAUCUGCUGCCUCAUCCUUGACCGAUUCAUCAUCGAGCUGCAGUGAUGUCCUAACGUGUCUCGAGGCAACGAUUACGUCGGCGGUAAGUGACGACGAGUCAGUGGCAUCCGCUGCUGUAGAAGACACGGAAUCGAUUGGUAGUUUUUUCACAAAUUUAUUUGGAUAGAAUUCAUUACAUGUACGCUGAAGGUUGCAUGAAACCUGCUACAUGAUAAUACCGAUUGUCAAUAAAGUACAUUCUACCCACA